UGUUUGAUAACUAACUUUAUGCAUUUACAAAGAGUUGAUUGUUGCAAUUAUUGUUGUUUUAAUUAAGAGUCUUGUAAUCUAAAAGAGAUGAGAAAUAACAUAAACAUAUGGGGGUUUGAAUAGGAAAAUAUGUAAGCUUGUAAUGUGUUUUAGAGAUCUAAGUUUUUUGAGGAUGAGGACCACCAUUUGCAUACUUAUGAUGUCUAUUUAAAAACAUAGAGCUAGGCCUCAGAGUUUUAGAAAGAGCAAUGGACCAUUUACUAUGAUUUUGAGGCACACGACAUUGUGUAUAUUACUCUCUGCCUUGCUGGCUUGUUUGGCACAUCUUAAUUCAAGAAAAACAUGUGUGUAUCACACCACACGUUAUUAUCAUUAUUAUAUAUAAAAGAAGAUGAAGGUGGCAUCUUGAUGAGAGUGAAAUUGGUAGUGGUUGUAGAGUUUUACAACAGAUGGGUGGUGUUGCAUGGACAGAAGAAGAAGAUCACUUGCUUAAGAAAUGCAUACAACAAUAUGGAGAAGGAAAGUGGCAUAGGGUUCCUCUAUUAGCUGGUCUGAACAGGUGCAGAAAGAGUUGUAGGCUAAGAUGGUUGAACUAUCUCCGUCCUAACAUCAAGAGAGGAAACUUUGCUGAGGAGGAAGUUGAAAUGAUUGUUAAACUCCACAAAUUAUUAGGCAAUAGGUGGUCCCUGAUUGCAGGAAGGUUACCAGGAAGAACUGCAAAUGAUGUGAAAAACUAUUGGAAUUGUCAUCUAAGCAAAAAACUAAAUGCUCAAGAAGCAUCUGAAGAUAAAGAAUUAUCCAAAGAUGUUCAAAUUAUUAGGCCACAAGCAAGAAACAUUGGUUCAACCUCAAUGAAGAGAAGGAGUCUAGGAGAGUCACAAACUGACCAAGUAGUAGUUCAACAAGAGAGUGGCAUAACAUUGGAUGAUGCUGAUGGAAAGAACCAUAUGAUUGAAUCACAACAAGACAUGAUUUAUUCAUGUUUGGACCAACAAGGUAUGGUUGGUGAUUUUCCAAUGGAUUUUCAAUUAGAAGAAGGAUUUGAAGCUAUGGUGAGUAGUGGUGAAGGUAGUAGUAGUCAAUGGAAUUGGGAUGAUUUGCUCUUAGAUAUGGAUCUUUAUAAUGAUUUUUCCUCUUAGAUUAUUAUCCCUUUUGAUAAUAGGGAAGACAAUUGUAGUCUUAUUAAUAACCUUGGUUGUGUAUCAAUAUCAAACUUAAAUGAUUUCCAAGGUCAUUGUAGUUAAAUUGUUGAUAUUUAAAUCAACUAAUAAAAUUGGUUGUGACAAUCAUCUUACAUUUUAAA